AUGCUUCACUUCGUGCCGACGCAGCUGAAGCAUUGGACUAAGCUCAAGAUAAUUGAUGGCGACCUUAUUCACGCAUCCAGUCUGGUGCCCAACAACGACAGCUCGGCUUAUAGUCGGGACGCAACCUAUGCACGGUAUACCCUGGAUAUUGACAAGUUUCGCGAGCAGCCAGCUCGUGAGCCGGAGUUCGAGCGUCGAGUAUACUUUGGGCAGGUGCUAAAGUUCUUCGAGCUCAACUUACCAGUGAACUUCCCACACACCUCCGGCGAUAUGCCAACGACACACGUUCUGGCCCAAGUCCUGUGUCACCAUGUCGAGUCUGACGACGACAAGGUCUGGUACUACGACUCAACUUGCCCCGCCCCAUCUCUCGAGAUCAUCGACGUAGAUCAAAUCGACUGCCUUAUCGGCCGCGUGAAGGAUGACCGGCGCUGGGUCAUUCUCGAGAGACCAGCUAUCGCGGAGAAGGUCGACUUCGCCACGGAGCUGCGCGAGAUCGCCGUCGAGACCCGUCAUUGAAGCGCCGCUCGCGCUAUUCAACAGUUCGC